UUAUAUUCAAUUUUCAUGAUGUGUGAUAUUUUAUAAUUCAUUAUUUUAUUGAAAUUUUUAUAUAAUUUUUAUAUUAUUAUUCACCUGUUAUUUAAAGUUCGUAAAAUUUUGGUGCAAAUGAGUACGGAAUCAGAUGAGAAUCGUGAAAUCGAUAUUAAAAUUGAAAUUCAAAAAACACUGAUUUCUAUUAACAAUACAACAUUAAAAAUAAAAAAUGAAUUGGACAUAAUUAAUGAUCUUGUAAAAAAGAAUGGACAACUUCAUAUAGCUGUAAUUGAUGCAAACAAGACAUUAACCACAAUAGCCCAAAACAUGGACAUAAAUGUUAAAAAUAUUUUAAAUAAUGAUGAAAGUGAAAGUGAAUUGCAGUUUAAUUUAAAUAAUUUAUCUUCUGCUGCUUUUAAAGAAAAAUUACUAGCGUAUUCAAACAAUAUGUAA